AUGGCAAUUUAUUACAAGUUUAAGAGUGCGAGGGAUUAUGAUACCAUCUCCAUGGAUGGACCUUUUAUAACAGUUGGUUUACUCAAAGAUAAAAUUUACGAAACAAAGCAUUUGGGCAGUGGUAAAGACCUUGACAUUGUCAUCUCUAAUGCCCAAACUAACCAAGAAUAUCUGGAUGACGCACACUUAAUCCCAAAGAACACCUCUGUCCUCAUUCGCCGUGUCCCCGGACGCCCUCGCAUCAGAAUUAUUACCCCUCAAGAGCCGAGAGUCGUCGAGGAAAGAGUGGAAAACGUUCAAGCUUACAUGAACAACAAUCCUAUAACUGCUGAUGCAUCUGUGGCUGAAGAAGAUGAGUUUGGGACUGAUCUGUAUUCACUUCCUGAUGCCCCAGCUGUCCAAUAUAGUAACCCUUCUCUUGAUCCUGCACCAGCCAAUGAGGAAGUAGAUGAAGAAACCAAACUGAAGGCGUUGAUUGACACUCCAGCAUUAGACUGGCAGCAACAAGGUGCAGAUGGUUAUGGCGCAGGCAGAGGUUAUGGGAGGGGUACGGCUGGAAGGAUGGGUGGACGCGGUUUUGGUAUGGAGAGGAAAACGCCACCACCAGGUUAUGUCUGCCAUCGUUGCAAUACUGCAGGACAUUUGAUUCAGCACUGCCCGACAAAUGGCGAUCCUAACUACAAUGUAAAGAGACCUAAACCACCCACUGGCAUCCCCAAGUCUAUGUUGAUGCCGACCCCAGAUGGCUCUUUAGCCAUGGCAGAUGGCGCAGUUGCAGCUUUGCAACCGAAUGAGGAUGCUUUUGAGAAGGCAAUGGAGGGACUGCCGUCAACAACACGUUCUGUCGGGGAAAUUCCUCCUGAGCUAAAAUGUCCCUUGUGUAAAGAAGUAAUGAGAGAUGCUGCGCUGACGAGCAAAUGCUGUUUCAAGAGCUUUUGUGACAAGUGUAUCAGAGAUCACAUAAUUGCAAAGUCAAUGUGUGUCUGUGGAGCAACCAAUGCACGAGCUGAUGAUCUUUUACCAAACAAGACGCUUAGGGAUACAAUAAACCGUAUCUUGGAGUCUGGUAACAGUAGCGCUGAGAACGCUGGCAGCAUGUGUCAAGCGCAGGAUAUGGAGUCUGCUCGUUGUCCACCUCCCAAAGCUCUGUCUCCUACUACAUCUGCAGCAUCUAUAGGCGAAAAGAAACCAGCUCCUAGUAACAACAAUGAGACUUCAACUCUAAAGCCGGCAGUAGAAGUAGCGGAGAUCACAAGUGGCCCUAUGGCGUCUGCAGAAAUUGUAAAACCUGUUGAUGCAUCUGAGAACAAUCGAGGAUCCUUGAAUGGCAAGGAAGCACAGGUGAAUACGCAGGCCCCCAAGGAAGAAAUACCCCAGCAGGUUGCUUCUGGUGAGCAAGUUAAAAAGAAGAAGAAGAAACCUCGGAUGCCUGGAACAGUGGCAGACAUGCAAUGGAAUCCCAUGCAAGCAGGGCCUGAGUACAUGAUGCCUAUGGGUCCAGGUCCGAGUAAUCCUUACUUCAACGGUAUGCAAGGCGGGUUCCAACCCGGGUUCAACGGCUUUCACCAUGGUUUCAAUGGGUUUGGAGGCCCUUAUCCCGGCGCCAUGCCUCCCAUGUAUGGACUUGGAGGCCCCAUGGACAUGUCUUUUCACGGCGUGAUGCAUCCACCGCCUUUUGCUCCACAGGGCUUUGGUUUCCCUAAUAUACCACCACCUCAUAGGGACCUUGCGGAGAUGGGAAACCGUAUGAAUCUCCAACGUCCUCUCAUGGGGAGAGAGGAAUUUGAAGCUCGGAAAGUCGAGAUGAUGAGAAAGCGUGAAAACGAGAGAGGGAAUGCCGGUGAGAAGAGCAGAAUGAUGAACAACUCUGCCGCAGCCUCUUCCUCACCAAUGAAGCCAAAAUCUAGACCAUCUCCACCGAAUCCGGAUUACGACCGUCGCAGGCGAUCGGAGAGAUUAUCACCGGAGCCUCGUCAGAGGUUCAACUCUCCCCCUCGAGUAUCCAGCAGGAAAUCCGAGCGUGAUCAUCGUCACCAAGACCAUGAUUCAGAGCAUGAUCGCCGUCGCGACCGCCGGGAUGAUGAUAGGAGACGGGAACGCCACCGGGAGGAAGAUCGCAAGCACAGCAAGAGAUCGGAGAAGCAACCGUCAGUGCCGAGUGCAGCUGCUACCAAAUCAGAGAUUGAGGAUGACCACAAGGCCAGCGUUUUUGCUCGGAUAAGCUUUAACGUGCCGGAAUCUUCUUCCGGCAAACAACGGAAGACGUCAAAGUCUUCUCCGGCGCCGGAGGCCGCGACACAGGCCGUUUCAGCUGCUCCUCGUCGUAGUAGUCGGAGGGAAGAGUACGAUUCCAGCGAUGAUGAAGACACACAUUUCAAGAGGAAGCCGUCAAGGUACGAGCGGUCUCCUUCGGUAGUGGAAGCUUCCGACGUCGGAGAUGAGCAUUUCCGCCAUUCGAAACGAUCCAAAGGAGAAAGAUGGCGGGCUUGA